CCCGGGUGGCAGCCAUGAACGGCGAAGAGCAAUACUACGCGGCCACGCACCUUUACAAGGACACAUGCGCGUUCCAGCGGGGCCCGGCGCCCGAGUUCAGCGCCAGCCCCCCGGCGUGCCUGUACAUGGGCCGCCAGCCCCCGCCGCCACCGCCUCCGUUCCCCAGCACCCUGGGCGCGCUGGAGCAGGGCAGCCCGCCAGACAUCUCCCCGUACGAGGUGCCCGCCCUCGCGGAGGACCCCACGGUGGCACACCUCCACCACCAUCUCCCUGCUCAGCUCGCGCUCCCCCACCCGCCCUCCGGGCCUUUCCCGGAUACAGCCGUGCCAGGCGCCCUGGAGGAGCCCAGCCGCGUCCAGCUGCCUUUCCCAUGGAUGAAGUCUACCAAGGCUCACGCGUGGAAAGGCCAGUGGGCAGGCAGUGCCUACUCCGCAGAACCCGAGGAGAACAAGCGGACGCGCACGGCCUACACUCGCGCGCAGCUGCUGGAGCUGGAGAAGGAGUUCCUGUUCAACAAGUACAUCUCCCGGCCGCGCAGGGUAGAGCUGGCCGUCAUGCUGAACUUGACCGAGAGACACAUCAAGAUCUGGUUCCAGAAUCGCCGCAUGAAGUGGAAAAAGGAGGAGGACAAGAAGCGCGGCUGCGGGACAGCCGCCGGGAGUGGUCCCUGCAACAGCCUAACUGGUCUCAUCUCUAGCACCAUCUUCCCCAGGCCACCCUCACACUUCACUUAG